AUGUCCAAAAUCGUCAUCAAAACCGGAUCCACUUCCAAUACUCCUUCCCUGAACGGACGGUCCAAAACGAGGAGCGAAUCAGUAGAAGAAAUAGAAAUCGAACCUACCCAUGCUUAUAAUACGACGAAUGAUGAGUACAACCCGCCAUUGAAUAAAGAAGAACAACGUAUCAGAGAUUCAAAAGCGAGAUACGAAGAGGAUGUGAAAAAGCAUCAGGUUAUUGAGGUCAAACCUUCAAGGUUGGAAGAUGACUGGCAGAUAGCCUAUGUGUGGUCAUUCAUCAUCAAGUUCAAUUUGAGGAAUCAUAUACCGAAAUUAGAAUCUUUACAAGACUUCGAGGGAUGUCUCAAGGAACCAGUAGCGAAUAGACCAGAUGAUAUAUUCGAAAGUAUCUUGAUUUGUUUUCUGACCAAUCUCAAAAAUCUCAAAUAUGGUAAUAAGAAUCUAACACCCGAGAACAUACAACAACAACUAUCGAAUUACAUCAACGACCAACUGACCAACACAUCCGAAUGGACCGUAUGGGAUAGAGGAUGGCCAAUAAAUGAAGAAGACAGAGGAUCAUGCUGUACUUCCGAUCCACACAGGUCGGAAUUAGGUAGAUUAAGAUAUUACGGCGAACCUUCCAAUGCCCGUGCGAGUAAAAACCCCAUUAGCCAAGUUGAACAGAAGGGCGGUGGGUUGUUCGAAAUGGAUUGGUGGGAAAGAGCCAAGUUGUUGAGACAGUUGGUAGAUUGGCAAUUGACUCAUUCAGAAUCGAUAAGGAAUAUCAUACAUCGAGAAUUCCCCGCAAAGGCCAAUGACAGUAGAGGCAAAAAGCCACAGAUCGAAAAUGAAGGAAGAGAUUCGAUCAUAGUGAAGGAAUUGGGGUUGACAAGGGACAGAGCGAGAAUAUGGUCCUUUGAUGAUUCAUGGCGAUUAUAUAAAUCUGGUAAUCCGUAUAAGAGACCAUGUCAACUGUCAUCUAUAACGACCGAUCGAGAAUCUUACGAACGUCUGAUCGAGGAAAUGGAAAGUUUCAGUAAGAGCGUUCCGGAACUCCCCGCUGGUAAAGGUUCGGCAGCGAAGGGAAGUAAAGCUGCUUUAGAGAGUAAGAAGUCGGCUCAGGCGAAGAAGAAUGAAGGUGAUUUGACGGAGAAGUUAAAAGAGAGGGUAGAGAGUGUUGAGAAGGAGGAGUCGCGUAUUCAGAGAGCUCGAAGGAAGAUUGCUCAAGCAAUUGAAAUGCAACAACAAGCAGAAAUGAGAUCGACCAGAACGAGAAGGCAGAGUAAGAAAGUUGAUUAUGUCUAUGAUGACCAUUCAGAUUUUGAUUUUGAUUCUGGACCGUCGAGAAAACGUCGUCAUAUAUCACCUGAAUUUCAAGGAUUGGACGAUAAAGGCAGACCUAUCAUACCCGGUGAAAGAAGAUCAGCUAGACAAUUGGCCCUAGACGUCAAACAACAACAAACGGAGAAUCAGGAACCCGUCGUGGAAGAUGGAAGCGUCCAAGGACAAGAAGAGAACUCGGAAGAAGGAUUAUCAGUUGAAAUGUCAAGAAGUGCAGGUAUGACUCAUUCGUCGACUGAUUCGGGGUUUACUGCCAAUGGUACGGGUAUGGAUGUGGAUGAUCUGGAUACACCCAACGCGAAUGAACAUGGUAAUGGAGAUGGGAGUGAAGAGAUUAAGAAGAAGAGGAAAAAGGGUAUGAAAGGGUAUGCAUGGGUAGAAGAGUUUGUUCCGUAUGGGAAGGCGUAA